AUGGCAUCUUCAUGGCAAUUGAAAGAUGUUGAGACUUUGGGUAUGAAGUACGAGACAAUCACUUUUACUUCAGAUUACUUCCCCGAGUUGAUGAAAAUGGCCGAGAAGCUAAUUAUCCAAGGAAAAGCCUAUGUUGAAGAGACUCCCUGAGAGCAAAUGGAGGGGGUUGAGUCGAAAUCUAGAAACCAGAGCAUAGAAGAAAAUCUUAAAUUGUGGGAGCAGAUGAUUGCAGGUACAGAGAAGGGUCUGCUCUGUUGCGUAUGAGGCAAACUGGAUAUGCAGGACCCCAAUAAUUCACUCAGAGAUCCAGUUUACAUGCGAUGCGAUCCAAUGCCGCAUCAUAGGAUUGGGACCAAGUACAAGGUCUACCCAACUUAUGAUUUUGCUUAUCCAUUUGUUGAUUCCAUUGAAGGAAUAACUCAUGCACUUCGGUCUAGUGAGUAUCAUGAUCGCAACGCUCAGUACCGUCAGAUUCAAGAGGAUAUGGGACUGAGAAAAGUUCAUUUGUAUGAGUUCAGUAGGUUGAACAUGGUCUACACACUCCUCAGCAAGCGCAAGCGGUUUGUUCAAAAUGACAAGGUUAAUGGAUGGGAUGAUCCUCGGUUUCCCACUGUUCAAGGAAUUGUGCAUAGAGGUCUCAAAGUUGAAGCAUUGGUACAGUUCGUUCUUGAGAUGGGGGCUUUGAAGAAUCUGAAUCUUAUGGAAUGGGACAAACUGUGGACGAUUAACAAGAAGAUUAUUGAUCCUGUAUGCCCUAGACAUACUGCAGUCAUUGAUGAGGGACGGGUGUUGUUGACGCUCUUUAAUGGUCCCGAGAAGCCUUUUGUGCGCAUAAUACCAAGGCAUAAGAAGUAUGCAGAUGCUGGAGAGAAGUCAGCAACAUUCACAAGGAGCAUAUGGAUAGAUCGAGCUGAUGGAGCAGAGGUCAUAUCAGUAGACGAGGAAGUCACACUGAUGGACUGGGGGAAUGCCAUUGUUAAGAAGAUUGACAAAGACCAAGAUGGAAAUAUUGUUGCUCUUGCAGGGGUUUUGCAUCUUGAAGGAUCUGUGAAGACCACCAAAUUGAAGCUGACCUGGCUGCCUGAAAUAGAUGAACUGGUGCAGCUCUCGUUGAUGGAGUUUGAUUAUCUGAUAACCAAGAAGAAGCUUGAGGAAGGUGAAGAUUUCCUUGAUGUGCUUAACCCAUGUACCGAAAAGGAGAUAGUGGCCCUUGGAGAUUCCAACAUGCGAAAUCUGAAGCGUGGAGAUGUAUUGCAACUUAAGAGGAAAGGAUACUUCAGAUGUGAUGUUCCCUACCUCCAGCCCUCAAAGCCUAUUGUUCUCUUUGCAAUCCCUGAUGGCAGGCAGCAGGUUGGGCUGAAGUGA